GUUCGAGCUGUGACCGAUGAUGACACCGGAUUCAAGGUUCUUUACGAGCCUCCUGCCAGGGAAUCAGGUAGAGAUGAAGCCAACUAUAUUGACAUCGUUGCUAUACACGGUAUCGGGGCCCACCCUGACGACACAUGGACGAAGAAAGUGGAAUCGGCCGACGGACAGCGGUAUAUCAACUGGCUCAGCAACCCCGAGAUGCUACCAGCUGUCGCUCCUAAUGCAAGAGUUAUGCGCUAUGGAUACGAAAGCCAGUGGUUCGGACCGGAUGCGAUACGUCAAAACACUACUAGAGUAGCAAAUCGGUUCUUGCUCGCGCUGAAACGCCAGAGGCAGGACGCUCCCUUUCGGCCGCUUGUAAUCGUCGCUCACUGCUUCGGUGGACUGGUUGUGCUAAAAGCGCUACUUGAAGCACGACAUGACCAAAAGAGAUGGCCUGGGAUCUUCCAAUCGACGACAGGCCUUGCCUUCUUUGGAACACCCUUUAGGGGGGCAGAAGGCAUGAGCCAGAGCGAGAUGAUCCAAGCGGCCUUACUCGAGUAUAGUAAUGACCAAGUCCAAGGCGAGGUACUCAAAGUUCUUGACCCUGGCAACGAGCUCCUACAAGACCUCGUAGAUAGUUUUGGAAAGACACGCUCGGAGGCAAAUAAGGCUCAAGUCGCAUGCUUCUUUGAGCUAAAGUCUAGCAAUAUCGGUGCUAUCAUCGGGGGGCAGGCAAAGAAGGUAUGUCUACUACUAGUAUAA